AUCGCCAACCCCUCGUUGUCCUCCGUCGAAGUCUAUGGCUCCGAGUCGAUCCCGAAGGCGUAAAUCAUCACAGUCACAACCUACACUUCAAACUGAAGAUGGAGAGAGCGAAAUCGACGAUGAGACCGUGGAGGAAAAUAUAGGGUAUCAUGCAGAGCACAGUAUUGAAGGAAGUGAUGAUGAAGAACACGUCGUAGACCCAGAAAAAGAACGGGAAAUAUGGGAGGCUAUUAGGGAAGAUCACUUUGAGGUAUUUGACCAAUUGCCACUGACGUUACAUCGACAAUACACACUAUUGAAAGAACUCGAGCAGCAGAGCAAUGGUUUCAUGAACGACCUCCUACCAACCGUGAAGAGGUACAUCGCACUGCGUAAAUCUCUCGAUACACAAAUCAAGGCUGAACAAGUAGCACGAACACAACAACAAUCAACACAAACAGGCCAGGAAGUCGUUACUCAAAAGGACGGGGAAGACGUUCCGAUGGAGGUUGACGCAGGUGCCCCAUCAUCGACCUCAGCAGUCGAUAACCUAGACCCUCCAUCCAAUUAUCCACCUAUAGUUUACCCAAAGCAGACCACCCCACCACCAACUACAGUUAUCUCUAACGUCUCACUUGGCACUCCACCUAGAGGAACAACGACGAGUACUGCUUCAGCAUUACCAAGGACUCCCAUUCGUGCAAUCCCACCGCAUAUGAAUAACUUUGAGUUACGGACACCUAUUCGUACGCCAACCCCCACGAGCAUACCGCAGGAACGGGUUAAAGUUCCAGAAACGAGUCGGGAAAUGCUGUCACAUAUAGCUUGGCUUACAGAAGAGAUGGUGCGAACAGCCAAUGAAAAGGUUCAUCUUGCACAAGCAGCUCAUGAUACGCUGGAACGACAGAUUCGAGUUCUUGGCCAAUCCAUCAAAGAACAAGAAAUGGCACUUUCCCUAGGAGCGCGGCCUGGAACACAACUCGCUCCAAUCCUUCUUCCGGAGGUGAUCGCUCCUCUUCCUCGCUGGACGAAACCCGUUACCAAUACUGAGGAUAUGGACUCUGAUGAUGAUGAGAUUGCCAACGGGAGCCUUUAUGACGCUAAUCCCGCAACAGGCGAUGGAACAACUACACUGGGCAUUGUCGACGAUAAUAUGUCCAGUUUAACUCAGUCCACCUUUUCUCGGAAAAAGAAUCGGAAGAAGAAAUUUGGAAACAAGAAAAGUCAGGAACAUCCUGACGUUAAACGACCUUUGACGAUCACCUUGCCGCCGGCGGAUUCAGAGAAAAAGUACUGUCACUGUAAUCGAGUCUCCUUCGGAGAGAUGGUCGGUUGUGAUAAUGGGGAAAAUUGCGACAUCGAAUGGUUUCAUCUUAAUUGCGUAGGGCUCACUCACCUGCCAUCCGAGGACCAACCGUGGUACUGUCGCGACUGCAAGCCGAAAAUUCAGAGGAAGCGCCGAAGAUGAUGUCCAAGGGUCCUGUAUCUGUGUAUUCAGUAGUGUAUCAUCAUACUAUAAAUCCUCAUCUAUAUCUAUCUAUCAGGC